AUGCGUUCACGUCACGCAUUGCGGUUUAGCAGUGUCAGCGCAUUUGCUAAUCCAGAAGACACACUAGGCUUGUUCGGUACUCCCAAAGGACAAUUAACAUUAGCCGAUCCCGACGUAGAACGAGUAAGACGAAAUCAUUUGAAUGAUAUUGAAAAUAUCAUUCCGUUCGUUUUGAUUGGAAUAUUCUACGUCGCUAUUAAUCCAAACCCUUAUGUUGCAUUAUGGCACUUUAGAGUGUUUUUUUUAUCCCGUAUCAUACAUACGAUUGCUUAUCAGACUCCAUUGCCUCAACCAAGUCGUGCUAUGUCUUUUCUUGUGGGCCUCGUCACAACUGUCUCCAUGGCUAUUCAAGUUUUACUAGCAAUUUAA